AUGGUGGGCACUUCUGCACUAACCUGUCAGGCUGACGGGACUUGGACUGGAACUGCACCAACAUGCGCCAUUGUACAAUGCCCGAUACAAACACCUCCGGACAAUGGUGGCAUGACUGGCUCCAACAACUAUCAGGACAUCGUGCAGUUUACCUGUAACUCCGGUUACGAGAUGACAGGUGUUGCAAGUAUCACGUGCCAAGCAGACGGCACGUGGAGUAACAGCGCCCCCACUUGUGAUGCCGUGCAGUGCCCUCUGCUGACAGCCCCUCCGAACGGUGCGAUGACUGGAUCCAAUUUCUACCAAGACGUGGUGCAGUUCACGUGUGAUUCUGGAUACAGACUUGUAGGACGUUCUUCAUUGCAAUGCCAAGCUGACAGAACAUGGGACGGCAUCGUCCCAACAUGCACACCUGUGGAGUGUCCGGUGCUGACAGCUCCAUUGAACGGCGGGAUGUCAGGAUCUAAUUUCUAUCAGGACUUGGUGGUGUUUUCCUGCAUUCCUGGAUACGAGCUGGACGGAAGCGUGAAGUGCCCAGUGCUAGCAGCUCCCGCAAACGGUGCAAAGGAAGGCUCCAAUUCCUACCAAGACGUGGUGCAGUUCUCGUGUUAUAUCGGAUACGACCUCAUAGGCAGUUCUUCGUCGACAUGCCAAGCUGACAGAACAUGGACUACACCGGCCCCGACAUGCUCAAGAGUCCAGUGCCCGCUGCUCACAGCUCCAGCAAACGGUGUGAUGACUGGCGGCAAUUUCUAUCAAGACAUAGCACGGUUCACCUGUAACUCAGGGUACGACCGUGUGGGGACCGCCAGCUUGACCUGCCAAGCUGACCGCACUUGGAAUGGGAUCGCUCCAACCUGUACACGCGUACAGUGUCCAUCGCUGACCGCUCCUGAAAACGGUGCAAUGACUGGCAACAAUUUCUACCAAGACGUGCUGCUGUUCACGUGCGAUACUGGAUACGAGAUGGUCGGGGUCGCAAGCCUGACCUGCCAGGCUGACCGCACGUGGAGCGGGACUGCACCAACCUGCAGACGAAGAUAA